CCCUAAAACCAAAAAAACAAAAAACUAAAUUCAAAAAUCUCUUUCUCACACACAGACGCAGAGGGUGAGAGUGUGAAGCGAUGGAUAUGCAACAGAGCGACUUCGAUCGCCUCUUGUUCUUCGAGCAUGCUCGUAAGACUGCAGAAGUUGAAUACGCCAAUAACCCUCUCGAUGCUGAUAACUUGACAAGAUGGGGAGGAGCUUUGUUAGAGUUGUCUCAGUUUCAGAGUUUUCCUGAAUCAAAGAAGAUAACCCAAGAUGCUAUUUCAAAGCUGGAGGAGGCACUUGUGGUGAAUCCCAAGAAGCAUGAUACUCUCUGGUGCCUGGGAAAUGCUCACACUUCACAAGCGUUUUUAAUUCCUGACCAGGAGGAGGCCAAAGUUUACUUUGAUAAGGCAGCUGAAUACUUUCAGCAAGCUGUUGAUGAGGAUCCUUCUAAUGAGCUUUACUGCAAAUCGUUGGAGGUGGCUGCUAAGGCUCCUGAGCUGCAUGUAGAAAUCCAUAAGCAUGGAUUUGGUCAGCAGCAGCAGCAGUUGACAGGGACAGCUGGAACUUCUACUUCUUCGGGUACAAAGACUCAAAAGAAAAAGAAGAGCAGUGAUCUGAAGUAUGACAUAUUUGGAUGGAUAGUUCUGGCUGUGAGCAUUGUCGUAUGGGUAGGAUUUGCAAAAACAAACCUGCCUCCACCCCCUCCACCACCUCCUCGAUAAGUGAAAGCCAUAUGAUUUGAUUUGAUGCCAUUAUAGAUUGUUGAGAAUUACAUUUGAUUUGGGCCAGUGCCCACUAUUUAUUUUUUGACAGUAGUAAUGUUUUUCAUGAUGCAAACAUUUACUUAUCCAUCACAUGAAAUUUUAUCUCAUGAUAGCUGGGUUGAGCAGCUAAACAUUUACUUAUCCAGGCUUUGAUCUUUGCAAGUAUUGCAAAAACCUAAAGCAUUGCCAUCUAGUAUUGAAUAUAAUAAGAA